UGUGGCUCCAAACGGAUGCUAGCAAUUAGCCACUGUUUAGCUACAUGCUAGCUACUGUUUGGAAGCCAUAAAAUGCUUAACACUUGCAGGACGUUCGGCAGCGGCGUCGUCCAGCCUUUCAACGGUUCGGCCUUCUACGUGCACUCAAACUGCCCGUUCGUCCUGACCCGCUUCACCCACAACCGGGUCGAGUGCGACGUCACCGUGCGGCGAGGAGACAACGGGCUGCUGGUCCGGGUCGAGAUCAUCAUCAACAAAGUCAGGACUGUUCUGCAGAAUGGAAGCGUCCUGGUGGAGAAGAAAAGCGUUUCCCUCCCGUACGACCACACCUACCAGCACAUCUUUCAGUUCGGCCUCUACACUCGACUGAAGAGCUCGUUGCUUCCGCUGUCCGUCACCUGGCACGAUGUACCCGGAGGGAUCGACGCUCUGUGGGUGGAGGUGGAGCAGGAGCUGGACACUGACAUGACGGGACUGUGUGGAAAACAUGGCGUCUCAGGCGACAAGCAGCAGCUGAUCUCAGAGAGCGUGCUCAGUGAGGACACGUGUCAAAUCCGAGAUCCAGUCUUUGCUGUUAAUCCAGCAUGCAGAGAGUUCUUCUCCUACACUCUGGACUGUCUCCAAGCCAAAACGCCUCAUUACAUGCAGCUGUGCGAGGAGAACAUUUACAGCUACGAACAAAACAAAGACAUCGCCUGCGCUUUCUUCAAGGAAAUCGUCCUGCAGUGUGGAGACGACAGCUACGCCUGGAACAUAUGGAGAUUCGUCACUAAAUGUGCUCCACCAACUUGUCCUGGAGACCUGGUUUACGUAGAACAAGGUGAUGCCUUCGUUCCCAGCUGCUCCAGCCCCAACCCCAGAUUCUCCAACCUGGACGUCACCAGCUCCUGUGUCUGCCCAAAGGGUGAGGUGCUGAAUGAUCACGAGGAUGGUUUCCGCUGUGUGAGCGUGUCCAGCUGCCCCUGUGUGUUCGCUGGCCGGAGCUACUCAACCGGAGACGUACGAAGCACCAAAUGUCAGUCCUGUUUGUGUGACGGCGGAAGGUGGCGUUGCUCUGAAAACUUCUGUCCACCCAGAUGCCUCAUUGAAGGACAGUUUGUGACGACGUUUGAUGGUAAACAAUAUGCAGUUCCUGGUAGAUGUGCAUACAUGGCCUCGCAGGAAACCUACACAUUCACCCACAACAUGGUCAAACUUGGAGACGAGGAGAUUACUGAGCUCCAUCAGUCUGAUCAUGCCCUGGUUUUCUGGCAGUCCUCCAUGUACGUUGAAGUCCACACGUCCUUUGGCAUGAAGAUCCAGGUCCAGGUGUCUCCUGAAAUCCAGCUUUACAUCACACCACCUAGAAACUACACUGGCACGAUGUCAGGUCUUUGUGGCAACAACAACGAUGACACGACGGACGACUUCACCACCAGCAGCGGGAUCGUCGAGAACUCGGCUCAGCCUUUCGCUCUGUCCUGGAGUCUGAGUGGCUGUGUAGUGAACAUCCUCGACAACUGCAUCAACACUGACAAUGAAAUAUUUGCUGAUGAAAGGUGCAGUGUGUUGACCAACCCAACUGGGAUUUUUGCAAAGUGCCACGAUCAUAUCCCACCUGAUCAAUACAGCACGGCUUGCGUCCAAAGAACCUGCAACUGUGGCGGCAACCUGCAGCAGUGCUUGUGUGUUUCUCUGGGAAGCUACGCCAAAGCCUGCAGCCGUCUCGGGGUGGAACUUGGCGACUGGAGGAAAUCUACCAACUGCACCUUAAAGUGCCAAAAAAACCAAGAGUUCUCCUUCGACGUACGAGCCUGUAACCACACAUGUCGCUCCCUGUCCGGCCCGGACCCUCGCUGUGGGCUGGAAGAUGCCCCCGUGGAGGGAUGUGGCUGCCCUGAAGGAACCCACCUGAACCAGGGACACAUCUGCACCCCGAAGGCAAAGUGUUUCUGCCACUACCGCGGUGGUGCGACGCCGCCGGGGCCCGUUGUGAUGGACGGACGGCAGUGCCUCUGUGAGGACGGAGAACUGCACUGCUCCAAGGACUGUGGUUGCACAAACGGGAAGGUUUGCGUUCACUGCUCAGAGUAUCCAGUCGACACGGCUCAGAAAACCUGUGACAGCCUCAGCAAACCGCAGGGUGCCAAUGCGACCUGUGAGAGCGGCUGUUACUGCCCACAUGACCAGUACCAGGAUCACCAUGGAAACUGUGUUUCUAGGGACAACUGCACCUGUAUGUACAGCGGCAAAGUCUUCAGCGCCGGCCAGCGCGUGAAGACCAACUGUAAAACAUGCGUCUGUGGUUCUGGUCAGUGGCGCUGCAGAGACGAGCCGUGUCCCGGGACGUGUCAGGUUUACGGAAACGGACAUUACCAGACCUUUGACUCCAAAUGGUAUCGCUUUGACGGUCACUGUCAGUACACGCUUGUGGAGGACUACUGUGCAGAUGGAGACGGCUCCUUCUCUCUCAGGGUGGAGAGUGUCCCGUGCUGUGAUGAGGCGUUAACCUGCUCUCGAUCCAUCGUCCUGGACCUGCAGGGCGAAGUCACCCUGACUCUGAGCGACAUGAGGGUGACCAGGCGUCUCCAGAGAGGCUGGACUCCGCGGGAGGAUCCGCUCUACACCACACACACCGUGGGACUCUAUAUCAUCAUCUCAGUGCCGAGCAGAGGCUUAACUCUCAUUUGGGACAAACACACCCGGAUCACCGUCGAGCUGCAUGCCGACUGGAGGAACAAAGUGUGUGGCCUCUGUGGGAAUUUUGACUCCAACGAGAUGAACGACCUGCAGACAAGCGGCUCAGCGGUGGGCUCCAGUCCUCUGGCGUUUGGUAACAGCUGGAAAGCCGCCACUCCUCCUUGCUCUGAUGUGACCACCGAGGUAUUUCCAUGUGAACGAAACUCCUACUGCUCAGCCUGGGCCCAGCGGCGCUGCAUGAUCCUUA